CAUACCUCAAUUUUUUGAAAUAGCACAAUUUUGUGCUUCAUGCAAAACUAACUUUAGGCGGAGGACGUUGGUAACUCUGUUACAAAUUCUUGUAUUCACUGGGGAUGAUGCUUCACCAGUGUAUAACUAUAAAUAGAGCAUGUACAGUGUGAAAGAUUCAGUCUGGUCCUGUCCGUAGGAGAGUGUAAACAAAGUUGUAAAUACUUACUGAUACACAGAAAUCUCAGAUAUGAGGUACUAAGUACCCAGACAUCUUAGAAACCUUGUGCUAAAAAUAUCUUUGCUGCUUCAGAAAAUAUUUUGAGAAAAAUAUUUUGCUUGUUGUCCUUGUAAGAGUUGGAUAGAAGUGAUAUUGCAUUUACUAGUACAGAGACAUCUGGUGCUUAAACUACAUUUGUAAAAAACCGGUACAUUUACUGGUAAAUUAUGAAAUGGUUUUUGAUAUGGUCUAAGUACUUGUUGUUGGUAUCCAACCCUAAACAAAACAACUGUAAGGUUACUGUGACUACCAUUAUUUUAUGUUUAAAACACAUACAUCAGUAGUUUAAACUCUAUAACAAUUCUUUUCGGCACAUGUUUUAAAUUUCUAUAUUUUCUUUGCACACAUUAGUAGUAACUGGAUAAUGCUUUAAUUUGCAAUUAAUUGUUAUUAGAUAUAUUUUAUUUUCCAAUAGAAGAUGUUUGACCAAUCUUCACAAGAUGAUGGUAAAUGUCCUGGACAAAGAAAAAGGUUUUUUAUGCCGAAAAUGCAAAGAAAAUUUGUGAAUCUAGGUUCAAUGACAGGGAGAUGGAUGAAAAUCAAAUCAAAGAAAUGUUGUAAAUCAGAUGAGGACCUUGCUCGACUUUUGAUCCAAAGCUUACAUCAGCUUGAUCAACAAAUUAGGUAUGGCGGUCAUAUUUCUAGAUAUUUGAAGAGAAGAAACAUACCGAAGCAUGAGAGUUAUAGGAUAAUUACACUUCAAACUGAUGUAUGGGCGCGCUGGAGAGAACUGCAAUGUUCUCUUCAAGUUAAUUCUAACAGUCAAUUUGCAAAUGUGCUGAUGAAUGCAUGGCAUGACAGAGCUGACUACAUACCGAAACUUUGGGAUGCCUCUAAAGCUAGUCAACGGGCUCCUGUAAAUGAGACCCAAGUAAUUCAGGUCGUGAAGAAGGAAGCUGGUAUGACUGAGGCACCUGUGAACGAGACCUCAAUGCAUAAGAACCUUGUGGAAAGUGCUAAUGUUAAUGAGGCUUUUGUGAAUGAGACCUCCAUGAAUAAGUAUCUUGUGGAGGAUGCUUCUGUGAAUAAGGCUCCCGUCACUGAGCCCAUCAGGAGUACAUGGAAUUAUCUUGUGGAAGAUGCCCCUGUGAAUGACGCUUCUGUGAAUAACACCUCCAGGAAAAGUUCUUUGUACUUUGUAGAAGAUGCUUUUGUGAAUAAGGCUCCUGUGACUGAGGCAUUGAAUAAAUACCUUGUGGAAGAUGCUUCUGUGAAUAAAGCUCCUGUGACUGAAGCCUUGAAUAAGUAUAUUGUGGAAGAUGCUUCUGUGAAUAAGGCUCUUUGGACAGAGGCCUUGAAUAAGUAUCCUAUGGAAGAUACUUCUGUGAAUAAAGCUCCAGUGACUGAGGCCUUGAAUAAGUACCUUGUGGAAGAUGCUUCUGUGAAUAAAGCUCCUAGGACUGAGGCUUUGCAUAAGUACCGUAUGGAAGAUGCUUCUGUGAAUAAGGCUUCUGUGACUGAGGCCUUGAAUAAGUAUCCUGAGGAAGAUGCUUCAGUGAAUAAAACUUCUUGGACUGAGGCUUUGAAUAAAUACCUUAUGGAAGAUGCUUCUGUGAAUAAAGCUCCUGUGACUGAGGCCUUGGAUAAGUGUCCCGUGGAUGAUGCUUCUGUGAAUGAAGCUCCUUUAAGUGAGGGUUGUAUGAAUAAAUGUUAUUAUCUUAUGGAAGAUGUCCCUGAUGCUUCUGUGAAUAACACCAUCAGGAAUAAGUAUCUUGGUGAAGAUGUCCUUGUGAAUAAGGCUCUUGCCACUGUGGCCUUCAAGAAUAAAGUCCUUGUUGAACAUGCUUAUGUGAAAAAGGCUCCUGCCCCUGGAAAUGAUGCUCCUGUGGCUGAGGACUUAGGGAAUAAGUUCCUUGUUGAAGAUGCUUCUAUGAAUGUGAUUCCUGACACUUUGAAUGAGGUACUAGUGAAGCAAGAAAUAAUGACAGAUCAGUCAGACAAAAUUAGCAGUGAACCAUGCAGAGAAGUGUCACCAGAAUGUCCAGAUGUGAAAGAAGAAUAUGUUAGUGAGGGAGAAGAAAGUGUUAGUGAGGAAUCAGAGUCUGACACAGAAAUUGAAAAUAUAAUGAAUUACCUUAAAGCUGAUAAGAAAAUGAUCAAGAUAACUGAAGAUGCUACUUCUACUGAAGAUAAUGCAGAAUUAGGAAACAGAAGGAGAAGCUCAAGAGUUCAGUCACGGGGUUACAGGCCUAAUUAUGCAAGCUUGGAUUGGAUAAAUGACCAUGAGAAAAACAGUGAUGAUAAUGUAUCUGAAAUUGUGGUUACAAAGGAGGACAAACAUAUACAUGGAAGAAGACAGCAUACUUCUCCUGCUGACACUACAGUGACAGAAGAUGAUAAGUUUAAAAAUGAUUUUAAAACUAAAAGGAAAGUAAAAGAUCCUGAUUUUUUUCCUGAUGAAAUUGAAUGUCUUGAAAAUUUGGAUGAAAUUGAUGAUAGUUCUGAAACUGAUGAUGAGGAAAGCUACACACUAGAGAAUGAAGGUGAUAGCUUGACAGAAUGUAAGAAUAAAGAUAUGAGAAAGAGAAAAAGAAAAUUUGGUAAAUCAGUUGGUAAUAAUUGUAAGAAAAGGAAAAAGUCAUGGGUCCAUAUAAAACUAGAUGAGCAUCAGGACAAGUACAGUAAAGAAAUUGUCAAAUCAUUUGCAAGAAAAGAUCGUAAUGUUGAUGUAACAGAAGAAUUAUUCAAAUGUUUAAUAUGUGGUAAUUUCAAGUCCACAGCUAGAGAUCUUUUUGAGGAACAUAUUGAAAAACAUGUGAAUAAGGUCCUGGAAUGUGACAAAUGUUCUUAUGUAGGUAACUCUGAAUUUGUGUUAUUAAAGCAUAAGUUUUCUGUUGGACAUGCAUCUGGAAAUAAACAGUUUAUUUGUGAUAUAUGUGGCAUAGUUCUGUACACAUCAGACGCUAGAUUGUCACAUAUGGGAAAGAAGCACGGUGACCCUCAGUUUAAAUGCAGUUACUGUGAUGAAAAGUUUGCUACAAAUAGUAGAAGAAAGAAGCAUCAUAGAACAGUACAUACUGACCUUGUCAAGUAUUGCUUCAUCUGUGAAUCUGAUUACAGUCACUUAAGUUUGGAAUACUUCAGAGAUCAUCAAAGUUCUUGCAAGGUCACAAAUCAGUGCCAGGUAUGUGGUGUAUGCCUGUCAACAAAGAGUGGAUUAAAGAAACAUAUAGAAUCUAUACACAUGAAUGUGAGAAAUUACCAGUGUUCUACAUGCCCAUAUUCUGCAAAAUGUGCCCAGAGACUUAAAGAGCAUGAAUUGAGUCAUAGAAGUGAUCAUCAAUACUUUUGUGACAAAUGUACAUUUACAUGUGUUCAAAAAUACCAGCUAAAGUCUCACAUGAGAACACAUACUGGGGAGAAACCAUAUAAGUGUUCACAAUGCAAGUUUGCAGCUGCAUGGAAUGUUCAGCUAAAGGAACAUGUCAAAGUUCACGGGAUGGAAAACACAGUGGCAUGUUCACAUUGUGAUAUUGUUUUUCGUAAUCAAAAAGCUUUAAAAAUGCAUGAGAAAAAAGAUCAUCCUGAAAUUCCUGGAAAUAUUAAAAAAUCGAAAAAGCGACGAUAGUUAAUGUUCAUACUUGUGUUAAGACUGUACAUUGUACAACAAUAAGUUUAAACAUAAUAUUUUGUAAUUUUUUUUCGCCUAAAUGGCUUUCAUACCAGUGGAUUACGGAGAAUGGUGUUUUUAUAUUUAUGUACACAUUUUGCUUUGUUUUCUGUAAAUUGAGAAAAAAGUUAAUAAUAGAAUAAAAUAGAAAUAAAGUAAACUUUACUCCACCAGAA